UUUCUCUUCUCCUGAGCUGUCUCCACUGUAUCAUUUAGUCUUUCCUGUUAUCUGGCCAGUCAGGCGGCUCGCAGUGCUCUGUGUGGAGGACAGUGGGAGGGUGGAAGGGUGAGCGGUCAGAGGGACUUGUGGACAGGUCGGCCCAUUUUCCCUGUCUUCCUGCUGAGCUGUCUGUCCAUCACUGUGAUAGAGUUGCCUGCAUCUUGUGGAUUUACCUCUGCGUGAGUGACACCUGGGAAGGCGAGGGAAACCUGAGCGGAGAGGCAGGAGUCUGCUCCCCCCGCCAACCCUCCUGUGUGUGUGGAUGACUUGUGCUCUUCUAGUCUGCUCCUCAGCACCAUGAACAAGAUGAAGAACUUUAAGAGGCGUUUCUCUCUUUCUGUUCCCCGCACUGAGACCAUUGAGGAGAACGAGUUCACUGAGCAGAUCAACCAGUUCAACAUACGGCACACUCAGGGCCUGACUCCAGACAGGCUGGGUCUUCCAUCUCAUGAUGCCAGUCCGGUCAGCCCUGAACCAACAACACCGGGAGCUCAGUCUCCGUCCCACCUGCACUACCACAGCAACGCCCAGCACAGGCGCUUCUCCAUGGAGGACGUCAGUAAGUGCAUGUCUCUGCCCAUGGACAUCCGCCUGCCUCCAGAGUUUCUCAGGAAACUGCAGCUGGAGAGUGAAAGCUCACCGCUCUGCAAGCCUCUCAGUCGCAUGUCUCGACGUGCUUCGCUGUCUGACAUAGGCUUUGGGAAACUUGAGACAUACGUGAAGCUCGGUAAACUGGGUGAGGGGACAUAUGCCACAGUGUUCAAAGGGCGAAGCAAACUAACAGAGAACCUGGUGGCAUUAAAGGAGAUUCGGCUGGAGCACGAGGAGGGAGCACCUUGCACUGCUAUCAGAGAGGUGUCUCUACUGAAGAACCUGAAACAUGCCAACAUCGUCACGCUGCACGACAUCAUCCACACCGACCGCUGCCUCACUCUGGUGUUUGAGUAUCUUGACAGUGACCUUAAACAGUACUUGGACAACUGCGGGAAUCUCAUGAGCAUGCAUAACGUCAAGAUCUUCAUGUUUCAGCUGCUGCGUGGUCUGUCUUACUGUCACACGAGGAAAAUCCUCCACAGAGACCUGAAGCCACAGAACCUGCUCAUCAACGACAAGGGCGAGCUCAAACUGGCCGACUUUGGUCUGGCGAGGGCCAAGUCCGUCCCCACUAAGACCUACUCCAAUGAGGUGGUAACUCUAUGGUAUCGGCCCCCUGACGUGCUGCUGGGCUCUACAGAAUACUCCACACCCAUCGACAUGUGGGGUGUGGGCUGUAUCCUGUAUGAGAUGGCAACAGGUCGUCCCAUGUUUCCUGGUGCCACAGUGAAGGAGGAGCUACACCUAGUGUUUAGGCUCAUGGGCACUCCAACAGAAGAGACUUGGCCUGGUAUCAACAGUACUGAGGAGUUUCUGUCUUACCUCUUUCCUCAAUACAGACCUCAAGCUCUCAUCAACCAUGUGCCCAGGCUGGACACAGAGGGGAUCGACCUGCUGUCUGCUCUGCUGCUGUACGACACGAGGAGCAGAAUCUCCUCUGAAGCCGCUCUACGACAUCCCUACUUUCUGAGUCUAGGGGAUAACAUACACAAUUUGGCAGACACUGCUUCAGUGUUUUCCCUCAGAGAGGUGCAGCUCCAGAAGGACCCAGGCCACCGCAGCUCAGUGUUUCAGCCUUUAAGUCGAGGAAAGAACCGAAGACAAAGCAUCUUCUAGAGGUCACAGAGGAACAGAGACACACAGAAAAGACGAGCUGCCUUUUCAGACCACAGCACAAAGGCCAACACAGCUCAGCACAUCCACAAGCAUGCUCACACAUGCAUGUACACACAAACUCAUGUGCACUCACUCAUUUCCAUGGCAGCUGACCAUGGAAACACACAGGGUUUCUGGAAUAAACUUGCACUGCACUUGAAAUGACUGAGCUGAGAUACACUUUCCCUCCACACCCAUACAGUACAUAUUUGCACACAUUUGCACAAUCAACGACACUGAACAUGCACACACAUGCAUUUCAACCCAAGAAAAAAUAGGGCCCUAAAUAAAUCUGCUGUAUAGUGUGCACAUAUACACAAGCUUGUAUAAUUUCCAUUCAGAGCACACCCAGGGCUCUGGCCAUCUAAGGUACUGUAGCUACCACAUCUGGAACCAUCAUACAGUUGCAGGUGUACAGAAGUAGGGGUUGUGGUGUGGGUGGAGGUCAGUUCAGUCUAAUGAGGUCAAUUUGUUUCCACAUUUUGCUAAAUGUUUGUCUUACUAAACUUUAGGCUUGUCUCUACACCAAGAUGUAGCUUAAAGCUACACUCUCUGAUUUUGUUAUCGCUUCCAGUGGCGUCCCGAAUUAUAAACUGUCCUCCCAGGUCAAUGGUGACAUUCCAGGAUUUGCGGUGUUUCAGCACCAUAGCUAGGAUUUUAGAAAUACUGACGUCACCCCCUCACCACCUUCAAAACAUUGUGACGAGAAACCAAAGUGCAGGUCUUUUUUUUCAUAUUUUAUUUAUUUCCAAGCAUGAAAGUCUAAAUGGUGAUUCAAAACGUUCUAGAGGAGAAAUCUGAAGAUUUCAUUUAUUUAUUAUUAUUUUGGGCUACAAGUGUCGAAUUUGAACAUGCUGAAACUAAAACUACUGGAAUCAGCUUGUAAAAAGCCCUCCCAGGUUGCUAAAACUUCCAAAUUCAGGAAAGAAAAGAGUAAUGGUGGCUAAGGCUUGCUAAAUAACAAACUCAGGGUGUGUAUCUUUACAAAGAGUUAGAGCAUUUAAACUAUUUAUGUCUUUCUUAGCUAUAAAUGAGCUAAUAGGCCAAUUAAGCAGAGGAAAUGUUAUCAUGAGGCCUCUCGCCUCUAAAACAAACAAUUAAGGUUCAACCUCUUACUGUACGUUAGCUAGUGCAUAAUGUAUGGAGCUAAUGGUGGUUAGCUACCUGGAUAUGCCAGCUAGCUAAUAAAUUGGCGUAAUGUAUCUGAGAUGAAAUGGUUAGAGCCCUGUCGACAGAGUCCCCACUAUGGCAGCUAUGGGCGUGUUCGGUCACCUGACGUACGGCGUUGUACAUACACAAGCGGUGAGUCCGGACGUGGAAAUAGUAGCAACCCACUGUUCAUUUACAGAACCUCUACUCACACGAAACAAGCAUUGAACCUACCAUAAUAUCUGACUCCAUCAUGAAUAUGUUGUAUUGUAAAAUGGGUUCAUGUCAACAGACUCGCCUUGCUACAGCGCCCCCGUGUUUCAACUGUGUGGGGGUUUGUUCAAUACAGUGUUAACAGCUGACUUUUUCUCCAGUUUUUGAAGUUGCCUUAGUAAACUGUGCAUGAUAUUUUGGCUUGUGAAGAAUCUAUAUUUGAUCUAGUGUAGCCAAUGUGUUAGGAGGCAUUUGCUUUGUGUGAAAAUAACUCACUAUGAAUAUGUUUGUAUUUCUUAGUCUCCUAUUUGCACAAACCAGAAGUGUCCUCUGAAGCCCGCUCCCUUCCCUUUGUGUCUUACCAUGGUUCCAAAAUAUGAGCCCCAAUCGUACCAAAACCCAUUAACCCUAGACCAGUAAACUGGGAAAGUAUGGCCUACGAGUACUUUCUAGUAGCAAAUUAUUCUUAGUAGGACUCACCGCUCCCCCUUAUAUUUUGCUCUAUUGCACCUAUUGCCAUAAAGUAGCUUUUGGCUGUAGGGCCACAACAGGCAGUGUAUAAAAGUACAUAUAGUAUAACUUUAGAAAGUAUACAUAUCUGCAGAUGUGAAACUUAUAAAUCUUAUGUCCUUCACAGCUCCCUUGUGACUGGGACUAUGGACCCACUGGUUAUGCUUAUGCCCUAGAAGAUGAAAUGAUCUGCAGACACAAUUGUGAUGGGGGCUUGUGGCUAAGCUACACUCUCCUCUCUCCUUCAUCUGCCCUGACUCCCUCUCCAUCUUCUCCCUCCUUGUCCAGUGCUGCUGAGAUCCAGCAGGAAAGGUCCCCAUGUAAGCCAAUGACGGGGGGUUGGGGCCACAUUAAUGACUGGUGAGGCGCGAUCAAGGUUGUCUGUUAAAUCAACGGUGCGAUAUGAAAGAGACACUAAAAGUCUGUGUGGACUACAAUAGUGGCUUCCUACUGCCAUCAUUCUUCCAUUCACUAAGACUGUACUGUGCUUUCAGAUCAGCAGACAUAGACUGUAGAUAAGGAGUCACGUAUAAAGAUGUGUCCAUCAUUCAUUUACUUGUUUCUUGACAUUUUGUUAUACAUGGACCAAAUAUGUUUUAAAAUUUGGUCUAGUAAGAUAAAGGGUAAACUGGUCAUGGACUAUUUCCUUGUAUAUAAUCAGGAUUUGAGUCACAGUAUGUCUGUGACUAUUCUCAGUCAUCCAGGUCAUAUGAUAUUCAGAAGUGCUAAGUCAAAGGCAACUGGUCUUGCUGUAGUUUUUGGCUUCUCAGUUCUGACUGACUUGUGGGGCUCAGGGGCAUUAAAAGGUCACAACGUGGAGGGCUAACUCCCUCAGGUCACAACUCUGCAGUCUACCUGCAUCUAAAGGACGAGGGACACUUUUUACAAACUACUUCAUUUUGAGCAUACCUCCUGAUAGGCACACUCACAUGUGACUCUAAGGCCCUUUGCAUGGCUCUGACGCUGGGCUCCGCAAACAGGCAUGUGCUCUUGCAAACCUCAAACCAAAAAUUCACAUCUCACAAACCAAUGAUGUAAUUGCAGAAGCGCUGCGUGCCUUGUGAAAUUUGAAACAUUGCGUUCUGCACCGGUGUCGACUGCGCAUGGCUCCCUGCUGAUAAUUGGCUCGUUGGAGCAGCCUUCCAGUGUACGGCUGUAGAUGUGUCCACAGCGCCCACUACAGUGUCAGAGAGCAAUGGCCACUCCUGCACGGAGGAGAGCGCAACUCACGCGAGUAUAUACACAUUCAUUGUUGCGGACAGAGCACGCACAGCCACAGAGGAGAGCGCACGCAGGUUGCCGCACGGACCAUGCUGAGAGCUUAACAGCUCUCACAUGACUGCCGCUCUCAGCCAGAGGUUAAACGCCUGGCACUCCCAACCGGUCAGUCCGAACUGAGGAAGAAAUCUACUGCAAGUCGACAGCACUUGCCUUUGAUUUAGCACUUCUACAUGACUGGAUCCACAGAAUUGAACAGGUCAUCAAGUAAGAGCAAAUGAAUGACGCUUUCAGACUGCUGAGGGAAGACAGAGGUAGAGAAGCUGACCAGUAACCAGAGGGUCGAUGCUUUGACCCUCAAAAGCAGGGGUUGUGCCGUAAGCACCGGACCCCUGCAGAACUCCAGCGGCAGACGAAGAAGAGUCGUCGUUGUGUAUGCGUGAUGAGACAAAUGCCAGCGAAAGGUAAAUGGCCGCUGAAAGUUUUUCUACCUCUAAAAGUGAAUGAAGCUGAUGGAAGAAUUAUGUAGUGACCACCAACCCUCUGUGAGCGCAAGCAGAGGUGAAGGCAACAAGGGGAGAAAUUCAGGGCAAACCUGCAGGGACUUCAGAGGGAUGUAUAGCUGUGGAUGUUACACUUCCAACCCCCCCACCCCACCCCCACCCCCCCCCCCACCCCACCCCACCCUUCCCCCCCAUCAGUGGCAGAAGUAUUACUGUGUGUUUAGUUGUGGUAAAUGAAGCUAUUUUAAAUACUAUAAUGACAAAGAAAUAAUAUAUAUGUAUUUUAACAGAUGCUUUCAUCUUUCUCAGUGAGUUUUAUGCCGUUAAAAAUAGAGCACUGUAUUUAAAAUACAAUAAGAAGAAGAAAUAAGAAAAAUACCUGCAGAUGUCUAAAUGUUUUAUAAAGAAUACGUUUAGAUUUUGUAUAAGAUGUGAUAUUUUGUGUGAUUUGUCUACACUGUUAUAAAAUGAGAAAUUGAAUGUACUGUGACUGCCAACAGGAAUAAAAUUGAUUGAAUAAUUGAUUAAUGAAUAAAUAAACUAUUGAAAUUCUGGAACACA